UUGGCAGUGUUGAUGAAACCAAAGGUUGAAGCCUGAUUAAACUCUCCCUUUUUCUUGCGCCCACCGUUUGCAAAUACUACUUCACACAUUAUUCCAGGAUCUUUAAAUCCUAUUUUCUUCUUCCUUUUCUCUGACCAGAAGCCUCAUUCAAGAUCAAACAAACACUGCAUAAUAACCUUUGUUUUCAAAUCAAAACUUCAAUUGAGUAAAAUGUCUGCUGCAACUUUUUCAGCUCAGGUUGCUGGAGCUGGCUUUGUUGGCUUGAAGUCCAACUCAUCAAGUCUCUGCCAAAUUUCAGGAUCUAUAACAUGGAAAAGGAAGAUUGCUUCCAACUCUUCUAAGACUUACUGCAUGAAGACAUGGAAUCCCAUCAACAACAAGAAGUUCGAAACACUGUCCUACCUGCCACCUCUUUCAGAUGAAUCCAUUGCAAAGGAGAUUGACUACAUGAUCAAAAAGGGAUGGAUUCCUUGCCUUGAAUUUGACGAGUUGGGGUGUAUUCGUAGGGAAAACAGCCAUAUGCCAGGGUACUAUGAUGGGAGGUAUUGGACAUUGUGGAAGCUUCCAAUGUUUGGUUGCAGUGAGUCUUCUCAAGUUCUGAACGAAAUCCAUGAAUGCAGAAAGGCAUAUCCAAAUGCAUAUAUACGUUGCUUAGCAUUUGACAACAAGCGUCACAUGCAGUCUAUGGCCUUUAUCAUUCACACACCUUCUACCACUUGACCCAUUUUCCUUCUCUUUCUCUUCAUGUAAUAUCAAGUUUAUAAGUUUUCUCAUCAGACAAGUUGCUAUUGUUUGUUUCAAAUUAUAGUAGACACGCAAAUCUGAUUUCAAUCUUAAGUUAUAAUUUAAAACGCAUUUAGUGUGUGUAAUUAAAUAGCAUCGUGGUGUAUUUAUUAAAUUACGAAUAAGUGCACUUUUAGUGCGUACUGCAAACAUAAAUGUUGAAGUUGAAGGUUACAUUUUGAACCUUGAAACAUGCUCAA